AUGGGUUGUUGUGCCAGCUCCAGCAAAGUGGUCGCGCACCGCUCCCCACAUGCUGACGAGAGCGACCGGAAGCCUGCCAAGCGUGACAAGCCACCUUGUGGCAAGCCACCUGAAGCAAAACAAGAAGCGAAGGAUGAGCGCAAGGAUGAACAUGAAGGCACUGCUGACCAGGCAUCUUGCAAAGAGACAGAGAAUCGCACCGAGCCACCUGGAAUGGUGCACAUGGAGGAGUCGUCGCCCGGUCCGUCCAAGCGGCGUCGUCUAGUGGCUCAGCUGCCGAAGAUCGUGCCGGUUGCUGUCUCCGAGAAGGAAAUUAAGCAGGUGUUUGAGGAGUAUUUGCCUCAUGUUCCGGCUGAGUUGCAAAGAACUGUAGACUGUUCCUGGCAGCACCUCGUCAAGGAGGCAAAGAAGGCCUGGGAUAGCUGCGGUGAGCUUCUCCAGUGGUUUUGGCUCCUGCACCCGGAGGCAGAGGCCAGGGAAGACGCCUUUGGCUUGGUGGUGCUUUGGUUACAACGCGGUGCCACGGCCAGCCACUGCGUCGUCAGCCACUUGAGCUUUGUGGAGGUGGGCCAGCCGUGGCACUGCCUCGUGCCAGGUGCCUUGGAGACGCUGCGGCUCCACCUCUUCAAUAUGCCCAUCAGCACGAUCCGCAUCACCCUUUGGUACACACCAAAGGACGGCAAAAUGGUGCUGGACAAGGAUGCUGAGAAACCGUUCAAGCAGGCCGGCUACCGCUGGUUUCAGCUCGCGAACAACUCUGAUGGCAAGCGCGGCCAGAUCAUGUGCCAGAAGCGCAGCCAGGAGCGUGACGCGCGACCGGCCCCGGACAUCCCGGACCUGUGCCUCAGCAGCUGCCUGCUCAUGCCAAAUCGUCACCAGGUCCAAGUCGUAGAAGAAGUUCGAAGACAGGGCUCAGGCAAUGCUGCCGUCUUGGCCGAAUGCCUCAGGCGGCAUUGUGAGGGAUGCCUCCAGGUGUUGCCAGAUGCCUCUCCCUUGAGCUCGAUGAAGGAGGGCAAAGGCCUUCCGCUGGUGCGAACCAGCCAAUCCGGUGAGGUCAACGCCUGGCAGGACUUUGCUGCAGAAUGCUUCAAGGAGAUAGAGCUGCCCAAGGAGCUCCUCGCCUGGUUUAGCCGCAGGGAGUCUCAGGAGGGAGAAAGUGACCGCGAUGCGCUCUGUGGCGGGCUGACAAUCGCUGUGAACUGGAAGGCACAGCGUAGCGACCCAUCGCAGAACUUCAGCCUUGUCACAGUCCAAGCUACGGCACAGCACCAGGAGCUCGCUGGACAGAAGCCCGUGGCCUACCUGGCCACGGAGGAUGAUGAAAUCUCCGUGAUGGUUUGCCAACUACCUUCCGGCAAGCAGUACUGCCUGUAUGAGAUGGCAUGCCGUUUGCUCAAAGAGGCACCACCCGUUGCCUUCGAUGAUAGGGCUGUGUCCCAGGUUCGACUCCCAAGGCUGCUGCACCACUGCGUCGCAUCCUCCGAGAUGCAUGUUCGCGUGGGAGAGUCUUUGGCAGCCGGGUCGGCAGAAGCGGCCUUUGACGUCGCGGGUGCAAGAGAGAUCUUUGGUGCGAGGUUGAUGUCUCGCACAACUCCUCCGGGAGCUUUAGCAGUUGACGACCCUCCAACUGAGCAGGUGCUCGCCUUCGACGGGGACUUCCUCCUCGCGGUUUGGCACGAGAAGUACAUGGACCUCCAAGCCAGUGCUCCUCUGCCUCUUUUCGCGACCCGCCUCAGCUGCAUGUGA